AUGGGUAUACAAAAUCUCUUGUCAGUUCUUGCACCUGUUACCACUGAUAUUCAUAUCAGCAAGCUCAAAGGCAAAACAGUUGCUCUUGAUGGUCAUGGUUUCCUUCAUCGCGGUGCUUACGCACUGACUUAUACAGACUACAAGAAAGGUGAAGAAGUCGAAUCUCAGACCAAAUUCAUCAUGUUUUAUAUUAAUUUACUAAAGCAUUAUGAAGUUACCCCUAUUGUUGUCUUUGAUGGACUUCCCUUACCUUUAAAAGCAGACACAGAUAGGGAUAGAAGCAUGAAGCGUACAGAGGCAUUAUUCAAAGCAGAACAGUUAUAUCUCCAGGGCAAGUUUACUGAAGCAAACAAAAGUUAUCGUCAAGCUAGUUCUAUCACAACAGCAAUGUUGUCCGGUGUUAUUAUGAAUUUACAACGGGAAAAAAUUCAAUGUAUUGUAGCUCCUUACGAAGCGGAUGCACAACUUACCUUUCUCAUGAAAACAAACAAAGUGGAUGCCGUUAUCACCCAAGACUCUGACCAUUUAGCUUUUGGCUGUUCUAACGUGAUCUUCAAGAUUGAUCGCGAAGGCAAUGGCAAACAAAUCAAAUUUGACGAUAUUUUCCGCAACCAUUUGCAGUUAGAUCACUUGAAUCCAACUACCUUUCGUCAAGCUUGCAUUCUGUCUGGCUGUGACUACCUUCCUUCUGUGCGUGGCAUUGGCAUAAAAUCAGCCAUAAGUUUUUUCAAAGAUGGCAAAGAUACUGAUGAAGUUAUCGAUCUCAUCCAAUACAAGCAACCGCGUGGCUUUCCUAAGGAUUAUCGCAACAAAUUCUACCAAGCAGAACUGGGCUUUCUGUACCAAUGGGUUUACGAUCCUGAUGCAAAAGAUUAUGUUCGAUUGAAUCCUGUUCCUGACAAUAUUUCAGAUACAGACCUUCUUAUCCUUGGCCAUAAACCAGUCCCUUCUGAUCUUUCUCUUUUACGUGUCAAUAAGGUUAUAAGAAGCAGUGCAACUCUUACCUUAUCAUCUGCCUCCAUUACUGCAACUUGUGAGCAGUCUACCACGGUUUCUUCUCUCAGUAUUUCUGAAAACGCCACAAUUGGUUACUCCACUUCAGCAUCUCCUGGCCAUGUAGCAUCGCCUAAGAAGAGUACAAAAAGAAAAGCAACUGAUACUGAAGAAGUCGAUCACACUAAGAGACUGAAACAAAGUUCUGUUCCCGAACUUGCAGUAUUAUCAGCUACUACUUCUAGAGCGCUGUCAAGCAAUGCUAAAAGAAGCAUGUCAUGGGAACAAUAUCUACUUUCUGUUAAAGAAAAUAUCAAUCCACAUGGAACGCAUCUAGCAUCAAAUGAUGCCGGAAAGAGCACCAAAAAAGAAGAAGCUCAUGCCUCUAUCUAUCAACGCCCAAAUUCACUUCUCCUUGAUGAGAUUCGCAACUAUGAUACCCUGGUCUCAAACACGGCCACUACUAGGCAACCAAAUACCCCAAAACAGAGACGCUUUCCUCGUGUUUUAUCACCCGUUGGCCAUUUACCCUCAAAUUACACCAGGACUUGUUAUUGA